AUGGUGAACGUCUCUGCACAGGCAACUCAGAUGAGCCCCAGCAAGCGCAAAGAGCCCAGCGUCGCCGCAGCGCCUACUCGCAAGCUGCGUAAAUCCUGUUCGCUCCCAACAUGCAACAGCCCGCCAGGCACCUGCAUGCACUGCACUUGUGACGGUCGCUGCGGCCGCCACGCUUCAGGGCGGUGCGGAGGUCGCCGGGAAGGAUCCGGCCGAGGCUGUAAGCGCGAGGACUGCUCACGUGACGACCGGUGUCUACACAGCAACCGAGCUACGUGCUGCCAUUGCCGCAACCUCGUAUCAUCUGCGGGUCGUGCUGCAAAACGUCCGCGUGUGACGAUGCCGCUCGUCCAGACCCAGUCUCGCGUCCAGUUCAUGCCAGCUCCCUUGCCACCUGUCCACCGUCAGCAAGUGACCACCGCCCCCACAGCAGCCGUCGCAGCGACUAGCAAACCGCAGCAGUCAGCUACCAGAUACUACCUGCUCGAAGCGGAGCUGCGCGCGUUCCUGCAGGACGCCAACCUCGGCGGAGACCUGUCGCUCUGCGAGUUCAAGGAGUGGACAUCUCGGCGUCAGUACUGCAACCUGGUAGUGCUGGUCUGUGGCACACAGUUCAAUUUGCACAAGCACCCGAUGCUGCUGGAGAGCUGCAAACUGCGCAAAAUGGCGCGCCAGAUGCUGGAGAGUAGCGCUAACAACAGCAAUUUUGGAGGGGCGGUGCCUGUUCUAGAGCUGGUAGCCUUCCCUGGCGGUGCUGAGAUGUUCGAGACGUUGGCUAUUUACUGCUACACGGGCGAGAUUUCCUUCUCAUUGUCGAAUCUCGCGGCCGUGAACGGCGCCAUCGAGUUCUUAGAGAUGCGCGACGAAAUUCGCCUCAGCGCCAAACGAUUUCUUGACCAGCAAAUCUGUCGGGGAAAGGAAGGCUUGAGCAGCACUUUGCAGGUGAUUAAUGCGGCGCAGACGCUGGCACGGGCUCAACCAGAGCUUUUCCACUCGGCAAGCGAGAAGCUCAUAGAAACAUGCAUGCUUGCGUUGGUGGAGAGAGGAGAUUCACUUGACUUAGACGCCAUGUUGCAGCUCUUCACGCUGCCCAGCGCGCUGUUCGUGGAGCUCACGCAGCGAUUAAUUUCGUCCAAGGUGCUGGUAUCAGCUACUGCGCGCUCCACUGCAGUGAUUGCGAGCGAACUGUGUGUACAAGCGAAGCUGGCGCAGCUCCAUCGAGACGCUCAGCGCCGCCUCAGUCCGAGCCAUUGCAACCGAGUCAUCGCACAACAGUGCGUGCAGCUGCUCCAGGGAGAGUCUGCUGAAACUGUCGAUGCCAUUAAGGCGGAGAAAAUGGAGACAACGUGCGGGGAGCCGCUGGAGCUGAGUAUGUUGUUCACAAGCGACAAGGCGGACAAGAUGUUCAUCAAACUAAUGGAUGACGAUCUUUCAGCUUACGCGGUGUCCUCCAGCAAGCAAAUCGACGCGUCCGCCUUCUUAGCCAGUGACAGUUUACGUUUCGGCACCCUACCGGAGACCUUCGUCGUGUAGUCAGUCAGUCAGCCUGGAGGCAGUUCACAACUUCUUGCUCCGCGCGAGUAGUACUACCAGUACAGCCCUACUACUACCCAUUAUAGUAGCG